AUGCCCACGAUGAAUGAAAGAGAAACAAAGCGGAGCAGUACAGCCAAAUACAAGGAAUCAGAAUGCAUUUGUGAAUCUCACUCAAAACCGACACAGCCCCCCAUUGCCUCUGAGCUACCUCCGGAGCUUGUCAGAGAAAUUGGAAGGUUCUUGGAAGCCCAUGAAACCGCCCGUUUCUCUCAAACUUGCCGCUCCAUAUUCACAGAUCUUUCCUUUGCAACACACUCUUCUCUGGCCACUGGCUACUUCGAAAACUCAAUGAUGCUCAGAGGAAACCAAGAUGACAGAAACCGGCCUAUAUGCAUAGGGGCAAUUAUUCCGCAGUAUGACAACUCCUUUCAUUCUUUCACAUUGAAGUGUAAAUGGAAAGAUCAGGGACGCGGACGGCGAAAAGGACGACUUUUUGUUGUUGCCCAUGACAUCCCAGAUGGCCUCGACGCCUUAUCCGAAAAUUUUGAGCAAUCCCUCAUGGGUCUUCCAUUCAAAAAGAAGAAAGUGGUGCACCUUUCCGCGUUUGCCCAUCACCGAACGUCGUCGUUACAAGUUUUAAUUUGCCCACAACCGAACAAGAUAUACCAGAUAUGGUGCAAGGUUGGACCUGGAACAAAGUUUUCUCUUAGUCUCAAGGACAUAACACUUCAAUUGGCGGCAUUCGGAAAUCGUGCACCAACUUGCGCCUUUUAUCAGUUCCAACAAACGAGACAGCCCCCCUCCAUUCAACAAGCCAUCAUGCCUCAAAUGAACGAUGAUGGACGCUUCCCGACUUAUUGGCACGCCGACAUCAUGUAG